AUGGCAACAAUGUCUGAUAAUCUCGAAACAUUCAGUCUUAUUUGGCUUGAUGCAUCGGUAAAUACAUCAAAAGAAAACAUCGAAGCUCAAGCAGAUCUUCGUACAAUCAUUAAUUAUCUGAAAACAUUCGACAAUGUUUCAAAGUGCGAAAAAUACAUUCGAAAAUGUGACGAAUCAGAUCGAAUUGUGCUCAUCGUCAGUGGUGGUUUGGGACGAGAAAUAGUGCCCCGAAUUUAUAAACUUCGACAAGUUUCUGUCAUCUAUGUCUACUGUAUGGACAAGAAGAAGAAUAAGGAAUGGGCCAAGCAAUAUUCAAAAAUCAAAUUAAUAAGUACAGAUCUCGAACAACUCAUUCAUCGAAUUAGAACAGAUCAUGAGAAGACUAAGAAAAUCGAAGAACAAUUUUCGAUAACCUUCUUACAAGACAACUCGGUAACAGAUCGAACAUCAUUCGGUCUCAACGGACAAUAUGUUCAGUUUGAAUUAUUAUUGGAUUCCCUUGUCCGCAUAGAAGGUACUGAAAAGGAUAAAGAAGAAUUAAUCUCGAUUUGUGAAAAAAAAUACAAAGACAAUAAAGAAGAAAUGAAGAAUGUUCGUGAAUUCAAACACAAUUAUAAAUCUGAUCAAGCAUUAUGGUGGUAUACGAAAGAAUCGUUUCUCUAUCGAAUGUUGAACAAAGCAUUUCGUAGACAAGAUACUUCUUUGCUUUAUCUUAUGCGAUUCUUCAUCGCCGAUCUUUGGAAAGCAAUCGAAAAGCAUCGAUGUAAAAAAGCGAUUCGAACUUACCGAUGUCAAUCGAUAUCACAAGAAGAAUUCAAUGGAUUGGUAAAUGCAACAGGAAAAUUGAUUUCAAUGACUUCAUUUGUUUCGACAAGUCUUGAUGCAACGGAAGCUCGCAACUUUCUCGAGUCUUCGGAUGACUUUCGACAAGUUUUCUUCGAAAUUGAUGCUGAUCCUCAACUUCAAGGAGUCAAACCGUUUGCUGAGCUCAGCCAACUUAGUGCGCAUCCUAAAGAAAAAGAAGUGCUCAUGACAGUCGGAUCUAUCUAUCGAAUUCUUGACGUGAAACAUCACGACGAUCAAUUUUGGAUCAUUCGAAUGCAAUUAUGCAGCGAAAAUGAAAACAGUCUGAGAUUCACUAUCGAACAUAUGAAAUUGGAAAAUCUUGUCGUAGGUCAUGAACAAAAACGUCUUGCGUUCGUCACACAAUUAAUGAAAAUGAAUAAACUUGACGAAGCCGAAAAACAUCUUCGUCAUCUGCAGGACACAAUGCUUGAUAAUCAUAAAGAUAUCACUUCUUUGUAUUCUAAACUCGGAGAUCUUGCAUUCGAAAAAGAAGACUUACCAAAAAGUCUCUAUUGGUAUCAAUUAACAUUAGACCGAAAACAAAAAACUCUCAAAGAAAACGAUCCUAAUCUUGCCGAUAGUUACAACAGUAUUGGCAAUGUCUAUGCAAAGCAAAAAGAUAAUGAAGAAGCACUUAAAUAUUAUAACAAAGCUAUGGAGAUUUGGAAGCGAAAUUUUGGUGAACAACACUUAGCCAUUGUCACAUGCCUCACUAAAAUUGAUAUGUGUAAGAAUGUUAAAAUAAGUAAAUUAAAUUAA